AUGGAGAUGUCGAGUGAUUCAGAUUUGGAAAAAAUAUUAGUUUUAUAUGCUUUAUCACGCAUUGCGUACUUGAUAGCUCUGGCGCUCUGUUUGACGGUAUUUUACCAUGGUAGUACAACACAUCUUAGCGUCAUAGCGCGGCGUCAAGUUAGCACUAUAACGCGCGCUAACGUCCUCCCCCUCACGUUUGCCCCGCCCGCGCCCAUCCACCUUGGACAACAUAAAGGCGCGCGGAUCCUCUAUCUCGGGAAUGUGUCCGCCUGUCUGUCGAGAUCCUCUAUCUCGGGAACGUGUGGAGGUAUCGAGUUGAAAUUCGAGGUGUACGAGGAUUUCGACGUAGAAUACGCCACGAAGUGUAGUGACGUCACACUAUGCUCCAACACGAAAGGCUUCUUCAAGACUCUCGCCGAGGAUAUGGUAUCUCUGGCCGAGAACAACGACUGGCUCCAGGAGUUCCAGAAGAUAGAAGACAGCAAGAAAAUAGAAGCUGUUAAGAACAACAAAGAGAUCACUGAUGCACUCGACGAAGUGUUCUCCAGGAUUCAACCCAUACACCGCGGGAAAGAUGCCAGGGUAUCUCACGAGAGACGACUUGCAGCCCAAAUUGCACUCAAGGACGAAGAUUUGACCAAAGCGUUGGGACUUGCCAGUCAGGCAGUUCUUAGAGCACCAAUGACAGGUGAAGAGGAAGUAAUUGACGGAGGGGUCUCGCUAGCCCUCGCAUUGUGGCUACGAUCAGAAGUGCUACUCAAAUCAGAAAAACAUAAGGCAGCAUUGGAAGACUUAAAACUGGCAUUGAAAGAGCGCCUACCAGCCAAGAUGAGAGCACAAUAUUACUGGAGAAUGGGCCAUUGUUAUAAAGGUGCUGGUGAACCAACUCGGGCAAAAGUUUCGUACGAGUUAGCUGGAAGACUACUGGCAAGCGAUGAGGAGGCCAAGAAGCGUCUAAUGAAGGACAUAGAGGCUUUGGACUACACGGUACAGUCCAGACCUCCGCCAGACAAACCAGCUAUCACGGUUGCUGGAGGCGCUAAGCAAAAUAUGCCAGCGAUGUCAAAACUGUUGAAGAUAACCGAGGAGCAGAACAAGGGCCGGUACGCAGUGGCUAAUACCCACAUACGCACAGGCGACGUUCUCCUAAUAGACCAACCAUAUGCCGCUUGCCUUCAUACCGACUACUAUGGGACGCAUUGCUUACAUUGCUUCAGAAGAUUAGAAGAUUGUGAAGACGAAGCGCCCGUGGGAUGCCCCAAAUGUUCAGCAGUUGUGUUCUGCAGCGUGCAGUGCCGCGAUACAGCUGUUUCCACCUACCACCCACACGAGUGCCAAUAUCUUGACCUGUUCAUAGGUUCGGGAAUGUCGAUACUUAGUCAAAUUGCCCUUAGAAUCGUUACCCAAGCUGGCCUAGAAACCAGUCUUGCCAUACACUCGAAAUACUUGUCGAACUCUGUAAAGACAGUGGAGGGCGCUGUACUAAAUGACAUAGAAGGUGUCACGAAGAAAUCAAAGAUGAAGAGUAGGAAAGAAAGGUUGAACCGGAGCAGGAAGGGCUUGAAAAGUUUCACAGACAAAAACAAGGAGGAAGACGUCACUCCCGACGUGAAAGUAGAAGACAAAAUGAAUUUCGAAGAGAAAUUGGAAUUAAAAUCUGCACAGUUUUAUUCUUUAUGUGCACACUCUGAACAAAGGAAAGGAGCAGAUUAUCUUAAAAGGAUUAUCAUGGCGAUGUUCCUCACAGAGUGCCUUAAGAAAACUAGUUUCUUUAAGAAGUGCGAGCGAGAAAAUCAGUUUACGGCGGAAAUGUCUAUAUGCGAGAUGCUUGUGCGCAACCUCCAGAUCUUGCAAUUCAAUGCGCACGAAAUCUAUGAGACGUUGAGAGGGGAACACCUGUACAAUGGAUCCAAGCCUGUUUACAUAGCGGUGGGUGUGUACCCUGUUGGAGCUCUCUUUAAUCAUGAGUGCUAUCCGGCAGUGGCCAGGUACUUUGAUGGAUCCAAGAUUGUGUUGCGUGCGACUCGCCCCUUGAGCCCGGGUGAUGUCAUUUCAGAGAACUACGGACCUCAUUUUCUGAUGCGCAGUCUCAAAGAUCGCCAGAGGUCGCUUGCGUGCAGAUAUUGGUUCAAGUGCGAGUGUAUCGCUUGUAAAGAGGAUUGGCCCACGCUGAAGCAAAUGAAUACUUCAGAACCCCCACUGUACUUACGGUGCCCAAACACAGAUUGUGCGGUGAAAUUCAGUUCGAACAAUUCCAAUUUAACGAGCAAAUGCAUGAAAUGCUUCACACCGAUAGACAAAGAGCUGAUGAAAAUCAAUUUGGAUAAUGUCAAUCGCUGCAUAAAGCAAUAUCAGGUGAGGAAUGAGCGGCAGGACGCGUUAAUUAGUCAAACCGAGACAAUUCUAGUUUCACAGUUAACAGAAAUUCUAAUUGGCACAGUCAAGACAACAGACGACCUCCGUGCCAGAGUCGUACAGGGUGGCACGAAACGAAGGAGUUUGAAUAGUCUAUAA